AUGAUUCUGUGGAGUUGGUGGUCACUUCACGUACUCGUUAUCCUGCGUGGAGAUUUGGUUCACGCUACCACCGACCGAGGAGAAACCUCCACCCAAAAAUUCAGCCCAACAAAUGGAGAACCUUUCAGUUCAGUCACACCAGGUCACAGAGCUGCGGAGGCUGUGGACCCCACGGAGGUCUCUCUCCUCCCCACUGUGGACCCGUUCAUAACCGCCACGCCAUCCGUGCCUGAAGGGUCCACUUCACCUGCCACCGAGCCUCCGUCUGCCACCACCGUUCAGCCAGAGACGUCUGCAGAAGGUUGCCUCUGCAAUCUAACCCCAGAUUUUUGCGACAUCGGCUGCUGUUGUGACAACACUGACUGUGGCGUAGCAAACUUGAGUACCGUCUUCACUGGAUGUCCACAAGAGAUCAUAUCAGGAGUUUGCAUUGAGAAGUGGCUCAUGUUCAGGGCCAACGUGGACUCAUCACUCAUCACUGUGACAGACUCUUUGUUUUGUGUCCGGUCUGAAGGAGUAGAAGAACUCCCGCCUGUCCCAGUGCCUCUUCAGUUUCCAGCUUUAGGAGACUCGUAUCACUUCUCGGCUCCUGGACAGACGCACAUCAGACACAGCAGAGACUUUUACAGGGUUGAUGAUGUCAUCCAGACAUAUUUCUCCAACUCCUCUGUGCGUGGCGUCCUCCGUCAGCCUUCCCCUGGAGCGGCUUCUGCUUUAUGCUUUAACCGCAAUCCUGCAAAGUUUUUGAGGUCCAUGUCUCUGUCCUGUACCCGUAUGGUGACCCCUCAGUCAUGCACCGCGGAUCCAAGUCUGAAUGCUGGCUCCUACUACUCUGAUUUGAGUCUAUUCAAGAUUCCGACAGCUGAGAUGGUGCCGCCAUUAGACGGACUGGUACCAGUAACUCCCCAGGCUGACUGGCCUGCUCCAACAAAGCAUAAUAACUCCUGUAGGAACGUUGUGAAAAAGGUGGAGUUUGUCAUAGGUUACACCGGCAGGGGAUACCUCACAUACGCAACAGUCAACGUGGACUUGGAAGAUGUUGAGUUUGAUCAGCUGUUGCUGCAGACACACUCUGUCAUUUUCCAGCUAGCUACACCCAGAGCCUCUCCAGAAGGGGUCACAGCUGCCGUUGGACUUAGAGUGGGCUCAUCUGUUAUUGGUCGCUUUGAUGAGGAAGUGCAGCCUUUGACAUCACUGGGGCUGUCACCAGGUGGUGAAUGUUCCUCUGAUCCUCGCAGAAGAGCACCAGUCCUCUUCCCGCACAACACAAUCACUGGCUGCACAUUUAGUUCCUCAGCUGGUAACUGUUCCGAGCUGCGCUCACAGAUCUACAGGGUCCUGCUCGGAAACACGGUCCUUAAUGAAAUUGCCAUGAACUCGGGUGCGCAGCCAGACUGGACCAGAGUCAUAUUGCAGGACUGUCCCGUUAGCCAGCAGGAAUCCUGUGGAUCAGGCUGCAUUCUCCCAGACUAUCUGUCCAUCCAAAUUCUGUGGGCCCGCCAAGGUUUCAUUGAACUUCCACAGAGCUACAUCCUAGGAGCUAAGUACCUGUUCAGGUGUCCUACUGUAAAGUGUCCUCUGUCGUCCUCUCUCGUCCUGACAACAGAAGUUACAUUUGUUGAAACCACAGUUUACCCAGAAUCCCCCUGGGGCUUGCCUCAGCCGCAGUGGAAGUUUCCAUUUGACUUCUUCACUCGAGGCACCACCGAGCUGGACAACCACCUUGUUUUCAGUGGCUGUUGCUGUGAGAGGGUCACAUGGAGUUUAAUGCUGUUCACAGCCAUGUUGCUAACAGGAUUAGAAUUCUUCACUUGGUAG